AUGGAGAAGAAGAGGAAGCUGCCCGCUCGAGCUGCCGCCCGCGUCGAGCAAGCUGCCAAGAAGCGACACGUCGCGAGCCGCGAUCAUUCGUCGACGCCGACGCCCGCACAACCCGUCAGGGAACCCACGCCUCCGCCGCCCCCUCCUUCGUUGCCCACGUCGAUUCAGGUCGGAAAGCCCCUGCCCACGGUCGAGGACGCCCAGUCUGGAGACCUGUCUGUUAAGGAAUACCAGUCCAUCUCCGAGAGCGGUGUCCUCGCCGAGUCCCUCUCCCGGUCCCGCCAUAAAUGGAUCAGCGAAGGCCUCUUCGAAAAGUACUGGACCAAGCCCUACAAGCGCAAGGGCGUCUUGCACGAAGACCCCAAGAACCCCCCAAAGGACAGCAUGACCAGGGUUGGCACCGUCACCAUCACCAUCGAGCCGCACAUCGUCGAAGCUACCAUGUACGCCGUCAAGCAGCCCAAGCAGCCACUGCCCUCUCCACCGAUUCGUCCGGUGCUCCAGUACGGUCCCCCAAACGGCUCCAUGCCUCCUCCGCCGACGCGCACUCCAGCGACGAACCCAUCUCAACCGUCUCCAGCGCCAACGCCUCGGCGUCAAAAUGCUGCUUCGCCAGCCGAUGCCUUGAAACCAACCCCUGGUGUCACACCGCGAGCCUCCGUGGCACCUUCUCCCGUGGCAUCCGCCGCGGCUACGCCUCCCGUGACGGCGAGCCGGCAACCAUCGAACCCACCUCCCCGGCAAGCUGUCGCCCCUCAAACGGCUACCACACCACUCGCGGCCCCCGGAGCCCAUCCUCCGAACACCGCCGCAAAGCCCGCAGCUAAUGAUCCCGUCAUUGCGCUGCUAGCCCAGAAAGCCUCGGGCGACCCGGAGCUGCGCGACUUGAUGAAGAGGGUGGCGGUGGGACAGGCUCGAGAGGGAGAGUUGGCGCAGUUUCAGAAGAUUAUCGACCAGCUCAACGUGGAAUGCAAGCAGAAAAGUAGCCAGCCCGGCCCGUCUGCAGAUGCGCUGCUCGUGGAUGGCCGCACCGUCAAGUACUUUGCAGAUGAGGUACGCACGAUUCUGGACAUUGUUCUCGCCUCCAACCCGAACCAGAAGUCUACGGAGCUACGGCCGCCGCCGCGGAGCGACCCUCUGGUAGUCCUGCUCGUCAAAACGGCUCUGGAGGAUCAGAGGACCAAGGACAUGAUUCGACGCAUUGCCGAAGGCCGGCCCGGCUUCACCGACGCGCGAGAUCUCAAGGAAAUUCUCGACAGGCUGCAUCGAGACGCAAAGACGGUUCCCAAAGGACCCCCGCCUCCUGCACCGUCGCAUGUCAAGCAGCCGACGCCCAACGGGGCGCCCAACGGCCAUGCCAAGACUGCCAACUUCAAUACCCCACAGCACGAGACUGUGCAGGCUCUCCGCUCCAAGGGACCCCCACCUGCGGCGAAGCCAGACAUCUCGGCUGUCGUAUUCGACUUUGGCAGCGGCGAUCGAUAUAUCUUCCCAAAGUACAGCGUACUGGAGUUUCUGCCGACGCAGAGUGGACAGCAGAUGAUUGCGUCAUUCUUGAUUGUUCGCAAGGGAAGCACGUCGGAGUACGGGGGAGAUCCAGCUCUGGACUAUUACCAACCCGUCACAAUUCGCCUCUCCACCAACACCGGACGCCACUUGGAGAAUCUGGCCAGGGUUGUUGCUUCGCAGGAGGAAGUGCGACGAUACAUGAACGAUGUUAUGGAUAACAUGACGCGCGCAGAGUACGUUUUACUGGCCAUGCGACUACCGCGGGCGGAGAGCGAUGGCGAUCAGACCAUGCUACACGCCGAAGAAGAGAACGGCUCGACGCCGAAAUCUGAAUCGGAGCCGGAAAGAGUCCAGCCGCCCAAGCCCGGUGUUUUGUGGGCAUCUAGCUCGGCAAAAAAGCCGUUGGACGCGCCCAGCAUCACCAAGUUGCAGGACUCGGAGCAGCAGAGCCAGCUGAAAUAUGAGCGGCUGAUUCGAUCGGUCGCGGAAAAGGACCCGGAGGCUGCAUCAUGA